AUGAAGAAAUGUCGAACCCACAAGAAAAGUCUUACAUCCGGACUGUCUGAUGAGGCCGGUUGGAGAUACUACUCGGAUGACGACUUUCCUAGCAUGCCCCAAGAUUGCAAGGAUCUUCUAGAAAACGGACAAACCAUCACAGGGGUGUAUGAUAUAUACCCCUACGAAACACUAACAAUACCGGUCAGUGUGUAUUGCGAUAUGACUACAAUGGGUGGGGGGUGGACGGCAAUUCAGAAACGCAUAGACGGAUCCGUGAUCUUUGACAGGAACUGGACGGAUUAUAAGAAUGGUUUUGGUUCAUCAGAACAGAAUGUCUGGAUUGGAAAUGACGUAAUCCACCAAUUGACAAAAGAAAACACCUCAUCCCUGUAUGUGUCCAUUACUCUACCGAAUGGUACAACUCUGUAUGAAAUGUACGACCGAUUCUCUAUCUCCAACGAAGCUGGAAAAUAUCAACUCUUUCUUACAGGACCUGCCACGGGAACUUUAGGAGACUCUAUGUUAGACACAGGUUCUUCUAUCAAUGAUCUGUCUGGGAUGUACUUCAGUACCCCAGACAGAGACAAUGACGGGUGGGGUGAUAAAAACUGUGUUGUUUACAGGACCACUAGUGGAGGCUGGUGGUUCCGCUCCUGUCACUCCGCCUUCCUUAACGGUCCCUGGUCCCCGCAGUCCUGGUCCUACCCGUGGUAUCCCACAGUACAGAGUGGGACAUCAGUGAAGGGGACCACCAUGAUGAUCAGACGUCACUAG